UUUUUUAUCAAAUAACAAAGAGAAAACUCUUUCAGUUCUUUUCUUCCCGACCCCUUCUCUCCUCUCUCCUCUUUCUUCUCUCGGUUCCAAUCUCAGAUCUCUUCAUUUAUCAGUGGCAUCUCAGUUAGCCCUAGAUGUCGAUCUGGCCCUCUCCCUUCCUCAGUGUCUACAUCUCUCUCUCUCUAUCUCAAACCUAGGCCCACGACACAACGAACAGCCAAAUCGAAAACCCACAUCGCCUUUUUUACUUCUCUGACUCAUCCUUAACAUAUGCCCAGAAACCCUAAUCCCAAAACUUGCCCUAUUCACUAUAGCAAAUUGAGAAUUCAUUUCAAUACAUAAGGAGACAAAUGGGUAAGUUGCUCUCCCAAAAUGGCAAAUUGGAAAGUGAAAAGUGAAAUCAGAAACAAUGAGAGUAAGAACAUAGGGAAGCUUGUUACCAUGUUGAUUUAUGUCGGGCCACUUUCAUCCACUUCUAGGAUGGCAAGCUGGUGCAGAAAAUGCAUAUAUUUGAAAUUGAAAUUGGAGAAGUUGGCAACCGAGUACUAUCCAAGAUGUAGAUGUGCUGAUGAAAAGGAGGCAAAUUGUGGGGCUUGGUUCCCAUUCCCACAUCGAGUUUUGGUGCUUGAUGGUGUUCAGGUACUCUAAUCAGUUUUGCCAGGUUUCAUACUUUCUGCAGACAACAUUAGAAGGCAGAAUGCUUUGGAACAAUAUGUGUAUCGGCCUUUGAUGUUUAAGUAGAUCGGGCAUAUAUGUACUGGAAUGCUUUUCUUGUUUUACUGUUGAAUGAUUGGAAAAU